CGUGGUCGCAGCCAGUGCCGUGCGUCCGUUUGUAUUUGGAACGCGCGCCAAACACGCGGGAUUUGGAAAUUUUAAACUUCGAACUGUGUUCUGAAUUUGUUUUUAAUUUUCCAUUGUGCCAGUUCAGUGUUCUGGAAAGAGGUGGUCAUCAAAAUGGUGCAUUUCAAGGUGUUCUAUCUGACGCUCCUAGCUGCGUUAGUUAACUGUGAGCCUCCAGUAUCAGGGUACAACUACCAACCUAACAGGAACUACCAGAACUACCAACCUAGCAACAACUAUCUGCCGCCUACCACAGGUUUCACCGCGCCAAGUAACAACUACCUACCGCCCAGCACGUUUGGGUCCAACCACGGCAGCUCUUUUGGGUCUAACCAUGGUAGUUCCUUCGGGUCCAACCAGGGCUUCGGAUCAAAUCAAGGAUCGUACGACCAAGGCGGGCACGGUGAUCAUGAUCACGGUCACGACAAUCAAGAGGUAAGUCAUUUAGGUUGAACAUUACAUAACUAUAUAAUU